CUCCUCGUCCCCUCCACCAGCACAGAACCCCGGGUCCAACUCUCCCUUUCUUAUUCCCCUUCAAACUCUUUUGGCUCUCCUGCGUCGCACGCUCACCACACCCUCCUUUCCCCCACCACCAUGUCGUUCUUCAAUUCUAUCGGGCGGAGCAUGUCCCGCGCGCCCCGCAGCACCAAGCGCUCCCCGACCCCGACGUCUUCGACGUUCCCCGAUUACCCUGCCAGCCCGCAGGCGUCGGCACCGCCGCCUCCAGGCGCGCCGGAGGGCAAGCCGCUCUACCUUUGUAGUCCGUUCGUGGAAGCCGCGCUCGUGAAGGGGAACUUCAAAACGAUCGUCAUGCUCCCGAAAUACGUGGACAUCAUGGAAUGGGUCGCCGUGAACAUGUACGACUUUUACAACAACCUGAAUGAGUUCUACGGUGUCAUAUCCGAGUGCUGCACGAACAGCAGCUGCCCAAAGAUGUCUGCGAGCCCUGCCCUGAACUACACCUGGAUCAACCAGGACCGGAAGAGCGUGCACCUCCCCGCGCCGACAUACAUCGAUUACGUGAUGACCUGGGUGCAGAACCUGCUCGAGGACGAGUCCGUCUUCCCGACCAAGUCCGGCCACGACUUCCCCCCGUCCUUCCCUGCAACGGUCAAGCACGUGUACCGGCAGCUGCUGCGUGUCUUCGCGCACAUAUACCACGCGCACUACGCGCAGAUCUUGCACCUGCGCUCGGAGCCGCAUUUCAACUCGCUGUUCGCACACUUCUUGGCAUUUGGGCGCGAGUACGAGCUGCUGGAGAUGAAGGACGUCAAGGGCGCCCCGAACGCACCCGUGGGCAUCGGGGCUCUUUACGACAAGUGGCGCGAGAUGGGCACUGUGGAGGCUUGAGACACGGAGAGUGCGAGGAAGAUAUGAAGGGCAGUCUUAGAAUUCCACUGACCUAUGCGGCACGCGGAUCUGGUAUCCCGUGUUGCGCGGUUGGACUUUGUAUUCGACCGUUAGCCUAAUAUACCAAUAGUCAUCGUCUCUUUCCUGCCAUCCAAAGCAACAGCCUUUUCGCCUGUGGGUCACUGUCA